AUGGGCAAACUUCGUACGAGGGAUAAGACAAGAGACGUGGUCGAGGAAACAGAGCCAAGGGUCGAGAAGCCAGAAAACGGAUCACAGGAGCGCAAGGAAGGAACGGAGGAAAAUCGAGGGGAUCAAGGAAAAAAAGGUUGUGGUUUUGCUGAUGCUGAAGCUGCGGUUUCUCGAAGUGAGGUUCCGCAAACAGGGUUCUCCAUACUUCAUACAAACUUCAGUGCUGAGAUUUAUUUUGUGAACAUGAGUAAGAACUGGACUGAAGCACAGAGUUACUGCAGAGAGAAGUACACUGACCUGGUUACCAUUGACAACCCAGAGGAAAUGAACAGAGUGAUUAACAGUGUAAACCUCACUGGUUAUACUGGACCAGCCUGGAUAGGACUGGAGAAGGGAAACUCGUGGAACUGGCAGUGGUCCCUGGAAGAGAGACUUCUCUACAGAAGUGCUGAAGGUGACCAGAGAUACAUCCUGAUUAAUGAUGCAAAGACAUGGAAAGAUGCUCAGACAUACUGCAGAGAGAAUUAUACAGACCUGGUCAGUGUGAGGAACCAGACUGAGAAUGAUCUCAUACACAACAUGACUAAAAGUGGAACCUGUGUGUGGAUCGGUCUGUACAGAGACUACUGGCAGUGGUCAGACCAGAGAAACUCCUCAUUCCGCUACUGGAAAUUAGGGAAACCGGAUAGUUAUGAUGAGAUUGAGAACUGUACUAUAGCCUCGAUCACACAGACACUCAGUGGAACGUGGGAUGAUCGAGAGUGUGGUGAAAAACACCCGUUCCUGUGUUAUUAUGACGUUCCGCUCAUCCUGGUCCAAGAGAAUAAGACCUGGAAUGAAGCUCUGAACUACUGCAGAGAGAACUAUGUGGACCUGGUAUCUGUCCACAGUAAGGAGAUUCAGAGCUGGGUGGAGAAGAAGGUUAGAAGUGCCACCAGUGACCAUGUGUGGUUGGGUCUGCGCUUCUCUUGCUUCCUUAACUUCUGGUUCUGGGUCAGUGGACACACUGUCUGCUAUGACAACUGGGCCCCAGGUAAUGGGACUGGAACUGGACACUGUGGAAACACUGGGGCUGUACGAUCUGGAGGAGGACAUCAGUGGGUCAGCCUGCCUGACACUGAAGAGCUCAACUUCAUCUGUGUCACAUGUUAA